GCCCGGCCAGCACUCGGCGCCCGCCAUGGCGGGGCUGGGGCCGGGCGGCGCGGCGGAGCCGCGGCCGCUGCUGGUGAAAAUCGUCAUGGCCGGAGAAUCCUGCGUGGGGAAGACCUCCAUCGUGCGCAGGUACAUGGAGCCCGGCUCGCCUCCCGCCGGCUCUCCCGCCACUUCGUACAUGGCCACGAUCGGCAUUGAUUUUAAAGUAAAGCCAGUAAUGUUUAAUGAUAGAAGAGUGAAACUUCAAAUAUGGGAUACUGCUGGCCAGGAACGGUUCCAUACACUUAGUACCAGCUAUUUCCGUGGCGCACAAGGCUUUGUUCUCGUCUAUGACAUCACAAAUCUGAAGAGUUUUCAAAGUAUAACAGUAUGGAUAAAUGACAUAUAUGAGAAGGCAGGUGAUGAAGUGGACGUAAUACUGUUGGGCAACAAGUGUGAUAAGGAGUCAGAACGGGUAGUUCCAAAACAGAAAGGAGAAAAGAAAGAAAUCAUCAUCUCCUCCCCACUUGCUUGGGAAUUUGGAAUGCCAUUUUUUGAGACCAGUGCUAAAGAAAACGUGAACAUUGAGCAUGCAUUCUCAGUCUUGACUAAGGAAAUCCUGGAAAAGAAAUCCGGUGUAUUACAUGACUUAGACAUUGUGUCUCUAAAUGAAACUAAGAAGAGAAGCUGCUGUGCAUUCUAAAAUACUGUUUCUUAUUCAGUUUUCUCUUCAGGAAAUAUCAAGUGUUACAAAGGAACAUAUAAGAUUUUAAAAAUAAGCCUGUAAUCCAAAAAUACAGUGUUUAAGCAUCCUUUGUAUUACACAGACAUUGUCGCCAAUUUUUUUUUAUAUGUUUAUAUUAUAUUUUCAUAUUUUUAAUGUGAAGAUAAAACAGUUAUCUGAUUUAGGAACUAUUAGGUGCUUCACAGAGUGACAGUGCUUGAAUGUAAAUGUUUGCAGAAAUGAAGUCUAAGUGUACUAAUUUUCUGUUAAUAAAAAAGCACCUUUCACUUUU